UCCAUUACAAAGUAACCAUAUCGCUGAAUUGGUUCACCGCGUAAAAUGACAGAACAAUAGAAUUAAGCUGAUUUAUUAAUAACUUCACUUCACGCUCAGGGUUAAGAAUAAAUUUGUGAAUUGGUAGAAGCAGGGUUGGAUUGAUCCUCAUUUGUAUUGUUGCUUUCAUUUGAAUCGAAGAACUUAGAAACGAAACAAAACAAAAAUGCAUUACUGGGUUCGAGCUAACUCUUCUGAUUUCGCCGGAACCCCUCCCCAACGUCGCAGUGGUCACUCCGCUGUUAACAUCGGCAAAUCCAAGGUUGUCGUGUUCGGAGGCCUUGUCGACAAGAAGUUUCUCAGCGACAUCGCUGUAUAUGAUAUCGAGGCCAAGCUAUGGUUUCAGCCUGAGUGCACCGGAAGUGGCUCAGAUGGGCAUGUGGGUCCCAGCCCUCGGGCUUUCCAUGUUGCCGUUGCCAUUGAUUGUCACAUGUUCAUUUUUGGUGGUCGUUUUGGGGGUCAAAGGUUGGGGGACUUUUGGGUUUUGGAUACAGAUAUAUGGCAAUGGUCUGAACUGACUGGGUUUGGUGACUUGCCGUCGCCACGAGAUUUUGCUGCAGCUUCAGCUGUUGGAAAUCGGAAAAUUGUUAUGUAUGGUGGAUGGGAUGGAAAGAAGUGGUUAUCUGAUGUUUAUGUCUUGGACACGAUAUCCCUCGAGUGGACGGAGCUCUCAGUUUCUGGAACAUUGCCGCACCCUAGAUGCGGGCAUACUGCUACAAUGGUUGAAAAACGGUUGCUUGUUUACGGUGGAAGAGGAGGAGGAGGACCAAUUAUGGGUGAUUUAUGGGCAUUGAAGGGCCUCAUUGAAGAAGAGAAUGAAGCACCUGGGUGGACUCAAUUAAAGCUUCCAGGUCAAGCACCUUCUCCACGAUGUGGCCAUACAGUUACAUCUGGAGGACACUAUUUGUUGAUGUUUGGAGGACAUGGGACUGGUGGAUGGUUGAGUCGUUAUGAUAUCUAUCAUAAUGAUUGCAUUGUAUUAGACAGAGUUUCAGCACAUUGGAAACGGCUCGCCAUAGGCAAUGAACCGCCUCCUGCUAGAGCAUACCAUUCUAUGUCACUUAUUGGUUCACGGUAUUUGCUUAUUGGGGGUUUUGAUGGGAAAUCAACUUAUGGUGAUCCAUGGUGGUUAGUCCCUCAAGAGGACCCAAUUGCAAAUAGAUUAACUGCAUCUCCACCCAGAAAUAUUCCUGAAAGUAAGAAUGUUGCUUCUCUUAAUGAUGAUUUUCAACCUCAAUUCAAGAUUUGGGUCUUUGAUGAUGACAAUGAAGGGUACACUGGGGUAGUGGCAAGGGCAGCUAGCAUUGGAAAAACAAGUGAAAAUAAUACUAGGAGCCAAACCACAAAGGCUAAUGUUAUACAAAGUCAUCAUCAAAAGGCUAAUUUCAGAUAAUUGUAGAGCUUAAUUUGGAUGAAAUCAAAUGGAGUUGAAAAUGGCUGGAAAUCAAGUGUUGACAGUUGUGGAAUUGAAUCUGAUGAUGACUCAGUGGAUGCACUCUUGGAUUGAUUUGUCUUGUUGUAAUGGUAAUAUGGUAUUAAGGACCAAGCCACCAAGGGUUGCCUAACCUAAGCUGCUUGUCUUUUUGUUAUGAGUUAUUAUUUUUUUAUGGCUUAUUUAUUUUGGUUGUGAUCUUCUAUUUUAUAGCAUAUUAUAAUGUUCAUCACUUCACCUUUUAAUCAUUUUCCAAGUCUUUCUUUUGACAAUGUCUUGUAGUGCAGUGGCAUCUGAUAUUGAGUUUGGUACCCAGAUUCUCAAUAUUCACUCUUAGUCAACCUUUUCCUAUUCCCUCUCCAAGUUGUGUCCUCAUUUGCUAUCCAAAAAGAAAAAGUUGUACUUUGAUGCUUAGCCCAACAUCAUACCUCUGUACUUUUAUGCUUCCUUGACAACCUUGAAUUUCAUAUAUUAAUUCUAAGUACAAUUUGAACACACUGUACUAUCUUUCCUUUAUUUAAUAGAUUUAUCUUCAUGUCUUACAUUAAUUUACUGCUGAGCUGAUACCU